UCAAGAAUGACAGAGAAAAGCCAGAGUCAAGCUCUACUUUUCUCUUUACCUUUUUCAGAAUGCAAUUCUCCACCACCCUCGUCGCUCUCGCUGCCUUCAUCGUAGCUACCUCGGCUGUAUCGACCUCGAACCUCGAGCGUCGCAUCACCGACCCCGGUAACCCCGCCAACUUGAUCAACUGUCCACCUGGCGGUGGUGCAGACGCGUGCAAUCUCGAGCAGCCUUGCAGCCGCAUUCGAGUCAACUAUGGUAGCCCCCAGGGAGGACAUUACAUCUGGUACAACUACGACAUCACUGACAUUCCCACUGGAGUCGAGAUUGGCAUAGAAGAUAGCUGCACUGAUUACUGAAGGCUGAAGUCUGUCCGUUCUCUUUGAGAACUCGGCUGAGAAUGCAGGAAUCCGCAUGCACACAGAAUGAUCGUUAUUGAUGUACUAUUAUGACAGCAUAGGCAAAUCCCUUUCGAGAAAUCAUCGGGAUAGCAAAUCGGAGUUGAGUUACUGAGAAAUCACCAAGUUACGAAUUCAUGUGAAAUGGAGGAGAAAGUAUAACCAAGCUGAGAACGGUUCACGAGUCCCGCGUUGUGUCAGGAAAUAACUGGGCACCAAAUAAUCAUAUAAAAACUUUUCUCGUUGUGACGGAGGUCGGACUGCAACGUUUCCUUCGCAACAUCCUGAUAAUUUUAGCAUCCCGUGUGGAUAGUACGGGAUUUAGACAAGAAUGUUGGUGCUCAAUGCAGACGCAUCCGUUUUGAUAUUUUUUUGGAUAAUGUGAAAAUAAAGAGUGAAAAAAGAUACUAG